AUGUCCGUCAGCGUGGUGGGACAUCAGGGAGGCAGGGCUGUGACAACGUCCGUCAGCGUGGUGGAACAUCAGGGAGGCAGGGCUGACACAACGUCCGUCAGCGUGGUGGAGCAUAUGGGAGGCAGGGCUGUGACAACGUCCGUCAGCGUGGUGGGCCAUCAGGGACGCAGGGCUGUGACAACGUCCGUCAGCGUGGUAGAACAUCAGGGCGGCAGGGCUGUGACAACGUCCAUCAGCGUGGUGGAACAUCAGGGAGGCAGGGCUGUGACAAUGUCCGUCAGUGUGGUCGGGUAUCAGGGAGACAGGGCUGUGACAACCUCCAUCAGUGUGGUGGGAAAUCAGGGAGGCAAUGCUGUGACAACGUCCGUCAGCGUGGUGGGACAUCAGGGAGGCAGGGCUGUGACAACAUCUGUCAGUGUGGUGGAACAUCAGGGAGGCAGGGCUGUGACAACGUCCAUCAGCGUGGUGGAACAUCAGGGAGGCAGGGCUGCGUCAAUGGCCGUCAGCGUGGUGGAACAUCUGGGAGGCAGGGCCGUGACAAUGUCCGUCAGCAUGGUGGACCAUCAGGGAGGCGGGGCUGUGACAAUGUCCGUCAGCGUGGUGGAACAUCAGGGAGGCAGGGCUGUGACAACGUCCGUCAGCGUGGUGGACCAUCCGGGAGGCAGGGCUGUGACAACGUCCGUAAAUGUGCGUGGAGGAACAUCUGGGAGGCAGGGCUGUGACAACGUCCGUAAGCGUGGUGGACCAUCAGGGCGGCAGGGCUGUGACAACGCCCGUCAACGUGGUAUAACAUCAUGGAGGCAGGGCUGUGACAACGUCCGUCAGCGUGGUGGGACAUCAGGGAGGCAGGGCUGUGACAACGUCCGACAGCGUGGUGGACCAUCAGGGAGGCAGGGCUGUGACAACGUCCAUCAGCGUGGUGGAACAUCAGGGAGGCAGGGCUGUGACAACGUCCGUCAGUGUUUUGGACCAUCAGGGAGGCAGGGCUGUGACAACGUCCGUCAGCGUGGUGGACCAUCAGGGCGGCAGGGCUGUGACAACGUCCGUCAACGUGGUAUAACAUCUGGGAGGCAGGGCUGUGACAACGUCCGUCAGCGUGGUGGAACAUCAGGGAGGCAGGGCUGUGUCAACGUCCAUCAGCGUGGUGGAACAUCAGGGAGGCAGGGCUGUGUCAACAUCCGUCAGUGUGGUACACCAUCAGGCAGGCAGGUCUGUGACAACGACCUUCAUCGUGGUGGAACAUCAGGGCGGCAGGGCUGUGACAACAUCCGUCAGCGUGGUGGAUCAUCAGGGAGGCAGAGCUGUGACAAUGUCCGUCAGCGUAAUGGAACAUCAGGGAGGCAGGGCUGUGACAACGUCCAUCAGUGUUGUGGGACAUGUGGGAGGCAGGGCUGUGACAACGUCCAUCAGCGUGGAGGAACAUCUGGGAGGCAGGGCUGUGACAACCUCCGUCAGCGUGGUAGACCAUCAGGGCGGAAGGCUGUGACAACGUCCGUCAACGUGGUAUAA